AUGGGUCCCAGUAGCACGACGAGCUCUUCGGAUGCUCCCUCCACCGGAGUGUAUACCGCCAUCACUUCUCCUCAUGCCGGCGAUGCCUAUGAUGAAUUCCCGGAACCUUCGACGCUAGAUCUGAUCGAGCCACUGGCCAUCGUGGGCUUCUCUCUCAAAUUUCCGGAAGAUGCGACAGAUGCCGAUUCAUUCUGGGACAUGCUCAUCAAUGGACGAAAUGUCUCAUCAGAGUUCCCCAAAGAUCGAUUGAACAUUGAUAGUUUCAAUGAUCCAAAAAAUGAUAGACUGGGCACGAUUUCCAUGCGAGGUGGUCACUUUGUCAAGGGAGACCUGGGCGCCUUCGAUGCUCCCUUCUUCUCCAUCACGCCCGCCGAGGCGGCUGCCAUGGACCCUCAACAACGAACCCUUCUAGAAGUAGCUUACCGGGCACUUGAAAAUGCCGGAUCUCCGAUUGAUGCUCUGGUUGGCUCAGAUACCUCGGUUCACACAGGAUGCUUCACCGCCGACUACGCAAACUUAAUGGCCAAAGAUCCAGAUCAGGUUCACAAAUACACCGCGACCGGUACAGCAGCUACCAUGUUGUCUAACCGUAUCAACUGGUUUUUCGACUUGAAAGGGACUAGCGUUACGCUUGACUCGGCGUGCUCCAGCAGUAUUGUUGCACUAGAUCUGGCGUGUCAGGGUUUAUGGAAUCACACAACGUCCAUGGCUUUGGUUGCCGGUUGUAACCUAAUGUACGCUCCCGAUCUCAGCAUCUCCUUGUCAAAUAUGACCUUUUUGUCUCCGGAUAGUCGGUGUUACAGUUUCGAUGACCGAGCAAAUGGAUACUCGAGAGGAGAAGGUUUCGGAGUAGUGGUGGUCAAGCGCCUCAGUGAUGCACUCGCAAACAAUGAUACGAUACGAGCGAUCAUCCGGAAUACGGGGAGUAACCAAGACGGUCACACACCUGGUAUCACACAACCAUCGCAAGAUUCUCAGGCAGCACUCAUUCGGUCGACUUAUGAACGUGCAGGCUUGGGUUUGGAAGACACUCGAUUUUUCGAAGCGCAUGGUACGGGAACCGCAAUGGGCGAUCCCAUUGAAGCCGGUGCUAUCGGUUCUGCCUUUCAAGACUCUGGUCCAAAAGAUGAACCAUUGUACAUUGGUUCGGUCAAGGCGAACAUCGGACAUCUCGAAGGAGCUGCAGGUAUUGCCGGACUGAUCAAGACCGUCAUGGUUCUGGAGAAAGGCAUUAUUCCUCCGAUUGCCGCUUUCAAAAAUCUGAACCCAAAGAUUGAUGCCGACUUCUUGCGUUUAAAGUUUCCAAGCGAACCCACACCAUGGCCAAGUACUGGUCUUCGCAGAGCUUCUGUCAACUCUUUUGGUUUUGGAGGAACCAAUUCCCACGUCAUUCUUGACGAUGCGUAUAAUUUUCUCCGAAGCAGAAACCUUGUCGGAAAUCACCGAACCAUCACGGAUACUUCUCACAGCGAUUAUUUAUUGAAUGGCAUAAAUUCUCGUCUUAUCGGUACAAAUUCCCUCACUACUUUACGACCAUCACGACAUGAUUCAAAUCCCGUUCCAAAGAUUUUACUUUUUUCAGCACCAGAUACCCAAGCGCUUCAAAGAUUAACCGAAGAUUAUACUCAGCAUUUUCAGAAAGCGAUUAAUACCCCAAAGACGCAGCAGUUCCUUGAUGAUUUAGCGUAUACUUUAGAUACCAGACGAAGUUCCUUUGUUACAAAUGCAUUUUGUGUUGCGAAUAGCGAUGAGGAUCUUCGCAGCUUUGGCGAGAAAAUAUCGAAACCGGUUCAGAGGUUGCAAGACCUGAAAUUGGGUUUUGUGUUCACAGGACAAGGCGCGCAGUGGCACGCAAUGGGCAGGGAGUUGCUGUCAGUUGAGUCUUUCAAGGCAAAUAUAUUGCGGAUGGAAGAAUAUCUCACCAGCUUGGGCUGCUCUUGGUCUCUUCUAGAUGAACUCAUGAAGUCGAAAGACGAGAGUCGUAUUAAUGAGCCCGAGUUGAGUCAGCCGGUCUGCACUGUAAUUCAGAUUACAUUGGUAGAUCUCUUACGUUCAUUUGGUGUUUCGCCCACUGCUGUCGUAGGUCAUUCUUCUGGUGAAAUUGCUGCUGCAUAUUCUGUCGGUGCCAUUUCGUGCGAGUCAGCACUGCGCAUUGCGUAUUUCCGAGGAAUCUUUGCGACAGAAGUUGCUAAUACGUCGCGUUCAAAGGGACGCAUGAUGGCGGUUGGUCUAUCUGUGGCAGCCGUUCAACCAUACAUCGACACAGUCAAAGAUCUUCCUGGGGACUUGUACCGUUUGACAGUCAGUUGCAUCAACAGCCCUGGAGGUGUUACCAUUUCGGGCGACGAACAAUACAUCGACAUACUUUUGGCAAAUCUUCAAGCAGACAAAGUCUUUGCUCGAAAGUUGCAAGUCACGGUUGCCUACCAUUCUGCUCAAAUGUUGGAAGUGGCUGAGAAAUAUGGUGCGAGCAUUGGCACGAUUGAACCUGGAGAUUAUGUACCAAAGCUGUCAGCAAUGGUAUCAUCAGUCACUGGACAACGUGCUACGCAUUCGGAACUUCAGCAGCCAGACUACUGGGUUCGCAACAUGACAUCUCCUGUCAAGUUCUCACCGGCGCUUGAGUCCAUGUGCCUCCAAAAGCCUGAACCAGUUACCAAGAAGCUUGAUGGCAGUCAUAGAAAGAUCAUCAUGGUUCACGACUUGUUGGAAUUAGGACCUCAUUCUGCCCUUCAGGGACCUAUCCGAGAGAUUUUGCAGAAGGUGAAUCGUGCUGAAGAUAUGAAAUACUAUUCCGCACUUGUCCGAGGCCGAUCCGCACUGGAUACCACCUUCGAGGCUUUGGGUCAGCUUUAUUGCAGAGGUUAUCCCGUUGAUAUCGCAAAGAUUAAUCGACCAACAAAGUCUAUCUCUCAACCCAUGCUGCUCGUUGACCUACCAGAGUAUCCAUUUGAUCACUCAAAAAGUUACUGGUUCGAGAGUCGACUGAGUAAGAGCUUUCGAUUCCGCAAACAUGGGUAUAACCCCCUUCUUGGAACUCCCGUCUCGGAUUGGAAUCCUCUGGAAGGCAAAUGGAGACACUUUCUUGGUGGUAGCGACUUGCCAUGGGUUGAAGAUCACAAGAUCAACGGUGCAAUCUUAUACCCGGCUGCAGGAAUGUGUAUCAUGGCUAUCGAAGCUGCCCGACAAAUGGCUGAAGAUCGACCAAUCAAAGCUUUUGAGAUCAAAAAUGCGACAUUUCACACUGCGCUAACAAUUCCUAUUUCAGGCAAGAUUGAGACCCAAUUCUCCUUGCGACCUCUCAGAGAUGCCUCGGAUAAGGAUAAUCAAUGGUCAGAUUUCAGAGUUGACAUUUACCAAGAUGAGAAGUGGAUUGAAACAUCGAGAGGUAGUAUCCAGGUUAUUUACGAGACGGAAGAACAAGUUGUUGACCAUGGACGGGAAUUGAAACAAGAGCUUGCAACAAUUCAAGAGCACCACCAGCACGCAGCCGCCUUUUGCGGGGAGCCUACUGAUAGUGUCAAGCUUUAUGAGGGUCUUCAUGGUAUGAGUUACCAGUAUGGACCAGCUUUCAAGCCCAUUACGCAGCUGCAGGUCGAUAAACAUGGUGUAGCCAUCGGAGAAGUCGCUUUAAAUCAUGCUUCUAUCGAGGAACGAGAAGAUCCAGCUCGUCCAUGUGUCAUCCAUCCAACAACACUUGAUGGUAUGCUACAGAUGUCUUUGGCAGCAUUAACAGAAGGAGGACAGAAAGUUGUGACUACUAGAAUUCCAACAAGAAUCCGCAAUCUGUGGGUGGCGAACUCCGGUCUUCAUGCUUCGCAUAAAGACACAGCAACUACGUGGACAAAGAUUAUUCCAAGAGGAAUGCGAGGUACAGAUGCUGAUAUCAGUGUUCUUGACAAAUCGCAGAAGAAGGUUUUGUUGAAGCUUGAGGGUUUCGAAACAACUACCAUUUCCAAUUCUGACACUUCUGCGCAAGAAGAGCCUGAAUCGCAGAGGUUGUGUUAUGGGAUUCAUAUGAAACCUGACAUUGAGCUGAUUGCCGCCGACAAGCUCACAGAUUACUGCGAUCAGGUGGAGGUUGAGGUUGAUCCCGAACAGUACUUCAAGCAAUUACAUCAACUCAAACUUCGGUACAUGUCCGAUGCAUUGAAGGAACUAGUCAAACACCCAAUUGCUCAGGAUCAAAUACCGACUCAUUUCCAAAAGUACAUUGCAUGGAUGCAUUUACAACUCGCUCAAGGCGAUUUUCAAGAUACUGACCUUAAUGUCGACGACAUUGCCCAAGUCGACCAUCAAAAAGCACUGAUUCUUCGAACUGGCGAAAACCUUGUCCCAAUUCUGCGUGGAGAGGUAGAUCCACUAGCACUGUUUUUCAAAGAUGAUCUGAUGCGCAAAUUCUACAACAUGGGACACGUCCGCUCUACAGGCUUUUCUAAAUUCGCAAAAUAUCUAGAUCUCCUUGCUCAUAAGAAUCCUACCAUGAAAUUUUUAGAGGUGGGCGCGGGUACGGGUGCAACGACUGAAAUCAUCUUGGGCAAUCUUACAAAGGGGGAAAGCGUGCAAUAUGGGCGUUAUGAUUUCUCGGACAUCUCGGCGGGCUUUUUUGGACCUGCUCAAGAGCUUUUUGGGGAGGCGCGAAAUCUGAAUUUCUUGGUGUUGGAUGUGGAGAAUGAUAUUGAAAAGCAGGGAGUUGAGGUGGGGAGUUAUGAUGUUGUUGUUGCUGCGCACGUUUUACAUGCUACAAAUAGUCUUGAUCGAACAUUGUCAAAUAUUAGAAAGACGUUAAAACCUGGCGGUAAAUUAAUUAUGGUUGAGCCUACUACACCGGAUAGAAAUGGAGUUGGUUUUACUUUUGGUUUGCUUCCUGGGUGGUGGCUUGGUUCUGAGGAGUAUCGCGAAAAUGGCCCAAGUGUUACGGUUGAUAAGUGGGAUGAACUCCUCAAAGUCCAUGGUUUUUCUGGGACGGAUAUUGUAUUCAAAGAUUAUGAGAGCGACGUUUGUCACGAAUGGAGCAUCAUUAUCGCAACGGCAGAGGAUGGAGAUGCAGCUCCGGCACUCACAACACCAUCAACAGUCAUUGUCGCCGACGGCGAUUCGAGAUAUCAACAGCGACUAGCGAAAGUCUUACAAUCAGAGGGUCUAGGCAGCAACUACCAGGUCUUGUCGCUGGAAAAGGUUGCUGCAAUUCCUGCUCAUGAACUUCCCUCCUUAGUCUUCCUUUCUGAAUUAGAACGACCAUUGCUGGCAAAUCUGAGCGAACAAAGCUUUGGAAAUCUUCAGCAGAUCCUAAAUUCUGCCAAAGAAGUACUCUGGGUGACGGAGGGUGGUGGUACCCCUCAGACAGCGAAUUCUGGCAUGUCUACUGGACUUGCUCGAGUUCUGAGUACCGAGCGAGGAUCGUUGUCGAUUGUCACGCUACACCUGGAAUCUGGUGAAGCAUGCUUGGAAACCGAAUUGGCAGAACAUGCUUCCAAGAUCGCUUCAGUCUUCCGAAAGUCCUUUCAUAAUUCUGACCACCAAUCAUUUGAAUCAGAAUACACCGAGGUUGAUGGACUUCUUCAAAUUCCUCGUAUUAUCGAAGACACUGUUCUGGACAAUCAAGUCGCUCAAUACUGUGCACCAAGUCAACUUGAAUCCAUCGAGUGGAGAAAAGCGCCACCUUUGAAACUCAGCAUCGGUGCUCCUGGACUCCUCGAUACACUUCAAUUCAUUGAAGAUGACACUUAUGCCAUUCCAAUGGGACCUACCGAGGUUGAGAUCCAAGUCAAAGCCGUCGGUGUCAAUUUCAGAGAUUGUCUUCUUGCUUUGGGAAGAUUAGAUACUGGAGUCUUCGGUUGCGAAUGCUCUGGAAUCGUCAGUCGUGUCGGUUCUGAAUGCACAACUUUCAAACCAGGAGACCGUGUCACGGUGGCAUACUUGAAUACCUAUCAAACUUUUGUUCGAGCACCACAAGAAUGCGUUGCGCCAAUUCCUGGAUUCAUGUCUUUCGUCGAAGCAGCUUCAGUACCGACGACUUUUGUCACUGUCUAUCAUGGUCUUGUCAUUCUUGCGCAGCUGCAAAAGGGGGAAUCAAUCCUCAUCCACGCUGCAUCUGGUGGAACUGGUCAAGCAGCGAUUCAAAUUGCCCAGCAUCUAGGUGCGACUAUCUAUGUCACUGUCGGAACAGAAGAAAAGAAACAACAUCUGAAGGAUACGUAUGGUAUUUCAGACGACCAAAUUCUAUUCUCCAGAGACAUUUCUUUCGCUCAAGGUAUUAAACGGCUCACAAAAGGACGUGGUGUAGAUGUUGUCCUAAAUUCGUUAUCCGGCGAAUCACUCGCAGCAUCAUGGGAAUGCGUCGCACCAUUCGGUCGCUUCAUUGAAAUUGGAAAGAAAGACAUCCAAUCCCAUAACAAGAUUUCCAUGUCCCCAUUCGAAGAGAACCGUACUUUCAGCGCUAUUGAUCUUGCAUUGAUGACACAGCAACGUCCAGAUCUUGUCAAGAAGAGUUUUGGUCCUGUGAUGGAGUUGAUGGGGCAGAAAGUGCUGCGACCGGCUAAUCCACUGGUCACCUAUGGUAUUGGUAACGUGGAGGGUGCGAUGAGAUUGAUGCAGAGUGGGAAGAAUAUUGGAAAGAUUGUGAUUGAGGUUGAUGAUGAGGCGGAAGUUCAGGCUCUCAUCAAGGCGAAACCAGCGUACGAGUUUACCCGAGAUGCAACCUACCUCAUCACCGGCGGUCUUGGUGGUCUUGGUCGAAGUAUCUCCAGAUGGAUGGUUGCUCGCGGUGCUAGAAAUCUGUUACUUCUUGGAAGAUCAGGUGCAACAUCUGCUGCUGCCAAAUCCUUCAUGCAAGAUAUGGAGGCUCUGGGGGUUACGGUCAUGGCACCAAAGUGUGAUAUCGCCAAUUUGACAGCACUAAAGGAGAUUCUUGAGGAUUGUGUUAAAAUAAUGCCACCACUUCAAGGCUGUAUUCAUGGUGCUAUGGUUUUAAGGGAUGCCGUCUUCCAAACAAUGCCAUACACCGACUGGACAACCUGUAUCACCCCCAAAGUCCACGGCGCCUGGAACCUGCACACCCUUCUCCCUAGCAACCUCAAAUUCUUCAUCUCCCUCUCCUCAGUCUGCGGCACCAUAGGUCAAGGUGGUCAAGCUAAUUACGCAGCUGCAAACACCUACCUAGACGCUCUCACUCACCUGCGGAUCUCCCAAGGCCUUGCAGCAACAUCCAUCGAUCUAGGACCCAUGCUUGAGGAGGGAUUUGUAGCUGAAAACGCAGAAAUAAUGAGGCGUUUUGAAAGCGUGGGAACGUUGACUGCUGUGUCAUUGAAUCAAAUGUUCGGCAUCCUAGACACCUGCUGCAAUCCACACAUCCAACAACCAAGCCAAAUCAUCACGGCACUUAAACCCCCCGCCGACCUCACAGCAUCAGGCAUCGAAAUUCCAACCUGGCUCACCCGCCCCCUCUUCACACACCUCCACACCAUCCCCUCCCUAACCCUCUCCCCCACCUCCUCCACCUCCUCCACGCACUUCUCCUUCGCCACCGCCUUCACCUCCGUCACCUCCCUGUCGGAAGCCUCCGCCAUCGUAACCUCCGAACUCGCAAAACGUCUCUCCAAGAUCCUAAGCAUCCCUGUAAGCGAGAUGGACGAACACCGUCCGAUUCACGGGUUCGGACUCGAUAGUCUGGUUGCUGUUGAGCUGCGGAAUUGGUUUGAGAGGGAGGUUAGGGCUGAGGUUGCUGUGUUUGAGAUUUUGGGGGGUGGGGUGGGGGGAAGUCUGCGCGGGUUGGGUGAGAGGGGGGCGGGGAGGAGUGGGUUUAGGGGUGCUUGGUAG